GAAUUGCCCUGCAAUCCAAUGUUGCUCACGAAACUCCUGGAUAUCAUUAUCGACGCCAGUAAACCAGGCAGUCGAGUGCGUGUGGUCACCCUCAACUUGGCGCUGUUCCUGCUCUUUCUGCUGACACGCGACGCUUCCAAUGUCUGCCAGUUGUCAGAGGACCAGCGGACCCAACUCAACUCAGCCUUUGUCAAGUCACGUUCCGUGCUCCAGGACUUCUACAUGGAGGGGAGAAUUCGUGAAGAACGCGCGUUAGUUUGCCGCGGGGAAAGCGCUUGCGAUCGCAGUCUUCAGGCGUCGUCUGACCAGCCGACCGUGAGAACACUCUACCUCUUCCCUACUCGCCGGACCCGACGUCCUCAACAGGCUGGCGCCAGCGUGCGCGAGACUAAAGGACACCGCGAUGACUGA